AAACAAAGAAAAAAAAAACAGGCAACAGCAGCAAACAAAAAGGUAGAACAAAAGAAAAGAACACUUGGAAGAAGUUGUUGUCAUCAUGGUGAACACUGGCAUGCAGUUGAUCAGCUUCACCUGCGCGGUGACUGGCUGGAUCAUGGCGAUCGCAGUCACAGCCUUGCCUCAGUGGAAGGUCUCUGCCUUCAUUGGCAGCAACAUCCUGACCUCGGAGAUCAAAUGGGAAGGCAUCUGGAUGAACUGCAUCUACCAGACCACCGGUCACAUGCAGUGUAAGACAUACGACUCCAUGCUGGCCUUGUCUCCGGACAUCCAGGCGGCCAGAGCCCUCAUGUGUUUGGCCAUCUUCAUGGGCUGGCUGUCCUGCACCGUGUCCUGCUGCGGCAUGAAGUGCACCACCUGCGCUGGGGAUGACCGUCGGGCCAAGGCGGGUAUCGCUCUCUCUGGCGGGGUUCUCUUCAUUCUGACGGGCCUGUGCGUGCUGAUUCCUGUUUCCUGGACAGCCAACACCGUCAUCCAGGAUUUCUACAACCCCAAUGUGCCCCUGAUGCACAAGCGUGAGCUGGGUCAGGCCAUCUAUCUGGGCUGGGCAGCUGCGGUUAUCCUCAUGAUCAGCGGUGCUGUGCUGAGCAGCACCUGCCCCCUCAUGGAGAGGGACGGCAGGUACCGCAGGGGCUACAUAGGCCGGAGCUUUGCUAAUUCACCUGCUUCAGCACCAGAUCCCCCAAAACCUAUCACAUCUAACAGUAUACCACUGAAGGAGUAUGUGUAGGAAGAGAGCACGAUGCAUGCGAGCAGCAACACCACGAUGAGAACCGAAGGAAGGCCAUCAGUGACAAGACUGAGGAGUCAGUCAGGAGACAGUUGAUGCUGUUCUAAAUUUACUCUGUCCCAACACUUAAGUCUGUGAAUUUUAAGUUAUGAAUCAUAAAUUGGAGUCUAUAUAUUUAUUUAUUAUAUUCUAUCUAGGUUUUGCUUAUUUUGUAUAUCUCUUUGUAACGUUUGUCUUCAGUUCUUUAUAACAUUCAGAUUUGUUUGAAAU